ACCAAACUGAGGGGUGGGGGAAAAGGGAGAGAGAAACACCCAAGGCGGGAUCUGGCCAUGCCCAAGCCCAGCUGCCUGCCGGCUGCUCACGCCGGGUGCUGUGGGGUGCCCCCCGGCAGGUAGCCAGGCGGGGGGACCUGCAAGCUCCCUCUCCUCCUGCCUCCCAAAACUCGCUGAAGUUGAGAGAUUUGUUCUUCCUCCUGAUCUCUGCAGCACCUGCACCUCUCUGGAUAAAUACAUCUAAGAGGAGGCUUUUCGGUUCAUCCACCUUAUCCCAAACUCCAGGCAAAGGACUGCUCGGAGCAGCGACUGACUGACUGGAGGAAACUUUUUGCCAAACUUUUCUGGUGCUUUGCUCUGCUCUUUUAACCCCUUGAGUUACUUUGCAUCACACAGGAGGGCUGGGGAGCCUUCUCUUGGGCAGAGUAACGCUCCCUUCCAGGCACCGCCUGAAUCGGAAAAGCAGGAGGGAAAGAGGAAUAAAGUUAUUGUGAAAAGGAGGAGGGGGGGGAAAUCCCCAAAAGCUUGCACCUCAAGAAGAAAGGAAGGACAACAAAACCUGCAGCCCAAGGAUGAAGCAGUGAAUGGAAAGAACACUUUAACUGGGAUCAACAAGUGGGAAUUUCUGCACGCCACGCUCGUCCCCUCCCCUCCCGCUCCAGCCCGGCGGGCUGUCAGAAACUUGUGGCUGGCAAGAAAACUUGUCCCCGUUGGCGGAACCUCUCCUCCCGCGCCUCUCAAGGGAUAUAGCAGUGACCGCACCGGCGAUGGUCCCCAGGCCGAGCGCCGCCCUGGCUCUCUACGCCCUUCAGGGGCUGCUCCUGAUGCACGGUCUUGCUGAGGAAGAAUUUUUUGAGAAACCAACGCUAAGCACUGACAAAGAGGACAUUGUCAUCUUACCGGGAGAGACCCUAAAAAUAAAAUGCAGGGGAGCACCUUCUGUAAGCUGGCUUCUGAGGGGAGACCAGAAGGAUGACCCCCGGGUGCACGUCACCAACUGUCGCAAUAACACAAGGCAAAGCUGCAGCAUGCUUGUCAUCAGGAAAGUCAUCGCUAAUGACACCGGUUACUACACCUGCAUUCAUGAUAACUCCCCAUCUAAAGAGGACCUCAUGGCAAAGAUUUAUGUGUUUGUUAAAGACUACAGAAAUCCAUUUGUGGAGAUUCACCCGGAACAUCCCGAAAUAAUCUACAUUUUAGAUGCUAACAGAACGGUUGUUAUCCCUUGCCGAGUUACCUUGCCAGAUAUCAAACCUAAGCUUACCCAGUAUCCUCAGUCUGUAGAGAUGAACUUCGAGAGGAUGGUGUGGGACCCAAGAAGAGGAUUUAUCAUCCCCUGUCAUGCUUUUGUUUACUCUGGAGUACUCACAUGCACCGUAAAUGUCAACGGGAGUGUGUUCACCUCCUAUUACCUAACACAGAGAUUGGAGGUCAGAGCACAGAACCUGUCUCUGAAGGCAACUCCCAAAAAACUGCUGGUUGGAGAAACUCUCUAUUUGGAAUGCAGAGCAGAAACCUUCAUCAACGGGCGCAUUGAGCUCAUAUGGACAUGCCCUAAUGGGAGACACCCUUAUCCUAAAAGAACAAUAGACCAGAGUGACACGGUGUAUAAAGUUGGCAGUAGCCUGAAAAUUGAAAAUGUCACCAUGCAGGACGGAGGCCUGUAUGUAUGCAAAACAUUCAACGUAACAAGGCUGGAGGCCAAUGUCACAGUUACAGUGUAUGACAAACCUUUCAUUAAGGUUUCGCAUAAGAAAGGGUCUUACUAUGAGAUUAUAUCAGGACACAAGUCACUGAAACUAGCUGCGAAGGUGGACGCCUUUCCUCGUCCAAGCGUCACUUGGUACAAAGACGGCAAACUGAUCAAGGAUAACCACACCUGCUAUGACCCGGAUCCAAUGAAGUACAGACUGGGCAUAAGAGAUGUGAGACCAAAGCAUGCUGGAAACUAUACCAUCGUCUUGAGCAAUGCAGAAUAUGGCCUGUACAAGAACCUCACCAUGCAGCUGGUAGUGAGAGAGAGACCCAAAAUCUAUGAAAAGGAAACUGAUUUUGAUAAGAUCGUGCGGGUGGAAUUAAGAAGCAAACACAAAAUUCAGUGCACUGCAAGCGGGAAUCCUGACCCGAAGAUUGAGUGGAAGUGGCAGCCCUGCAGCCCCACAGGCACACUAUGCAACCCUGAUGGGGAAAAAAUCGUGGUUCAGGAGAACACGUUCAUAGGCAACAAGAUCCGAAGCAUUGAAAACAUAACCAUGAAGCAUGGGGAUAAAAAAAAGAUUGUGAGCACACUAACUAUGGAAAACAGCAGUGCAUCUGGCAUCUAUUACUGUGUGGCUUCAAACAAGAUCGGCGAAGAAGAGAGGAGCAUUGAAUUCUACGUUUCAGAUGUGCCGUUUGGGUUGCAAACAGACGCACAAGUCACAGCUAUCGUGGGGAACGACGUCCGGCUGACCUGCCGGGCCUCCAAGUACAUCUACAGUCACUUGGCCUGGUAUGACCCUUCCUCAGAGGCGGCUCUCAGUGACUCAGUGAUCAAGAAAACUGACAACUAUUCCAUUUCGUUGACACUGGUCAUUACUAACGUCACGAAGGAACAGAGUGGCCUCUACAAGUGCAGAGCCCAGAACCAGCACAACAGCACCGACACGCUAGAACAGCACACUCAGCUCCUGGUCAGAGCAAAGGCAGCACCGUACGUGAUACAAAACCUCACGGAUCUGGAGGUUAACAUCAGCGGCAAGAUCAUUCUGGAGUGCAAAGUCAGUGGAACGCCAGAACCUCAGAUUACGUGGAGGAAGAACGGCUACCCCAUUUCAGCAGCAUCGGGAAUUUCCAUGGAAAAUAAUACCCUGGUCAUUGAGAGAGUGAAAAAGGAUGAUGAAGGGCUCUAUGAAUGCAAGGCAUCCAAUGACAUGGGCCAAGACAGCACAUCAGCCUUCAUCAAAAUACAAGGUUCUGAGGAGAAAUCCAACAUUGAAGUUAUCAUUUUGGUCUGCACUGGGCUAGCUGCCACGCUCUUCUGGCUUCUUCUGACCCUAUUCAUUCGGAAACUGAGAAAACCUGAUGCCACAGAUAUUAAAACAGGAUACCUGUCAAUUAUAAUGGAUCCAGAGGAAAUGCCUCUUGACGAGCAGUGUGACCGUCUUCCCUAUGACAGCAGUAAAUGGGAGUUCCCCAGAGACAGGCUGCGGCUGGGUAAAACACUGGGUCAUGGUGCUUUUGGGAAGGUGGUGGAGGCGUCUGCUUUUGGCAUUGAUAAAUCUUCAACCUGCAAAACAGUUGCCGUAAAAAUGCUUAAAGAAUGUGCAACUACUAAUGAAUGUAAGGCUUUAAUGUCUGAACUGAAGAUCCUCAUCCAUAUAGGACAUCAUCUAAACGUAGUCAACCUGCUGGGAGCCUGCACCAAAGCUGGAGGUCCUUUAAUGGUCAUAGUAGAAUACUGCAAAUAUGGAAAUCUGUCCAACUAUCUAAGAGGAAAACGAGGAGAUUUCAUUGCCUACAAGUCCCAGGAAAACUCUGACCAAGCAGAGAAAAGUCUGGAUGAGUCCAACAGUGAUUUGACUGAACUGAUCAAGAGGCGCCUUGAGAGUGUAGCCAGCACAGGAAGCUCUGCCAGCUCUGGAUUUAUUGAAGAUAAGAGUUACAGCGAUUCAGAAGAUGAUGAAGAAGAUGCUGAGGAUCUGUACAAGCGGCCCCUGACUCUGGAGGAUCUGAUUUGCUACAGCUUCCAAGUGGCAAAAGGCAUGGAGUUUCUCGCCUCCCGAAAAUGCAUUCAUCGAGAUUUGGCAGCAAGGAACAUCCUUCUUUCAGAGAACAACGUGGUUAAGAUCUGUGACUUUGGUCUAGCCCGGGAUAUUUAUAAAGAUCCUGACUAUGUACGGAAAGGAGAUGCAAGACUUCCACUCAAAUGGAUGGCUCCAGAAGCUAUUUUUGACAAAAUUUACACAACACAGAGUGACGUAUGGUCUUUUGGAGUGCUGCUGUGGGAAAUAUUUUCUCUAGGUGCCUCACCAUACCCUGGAGUGCAGAUAGACGAGGACUUUUGCCGACGGCUCAAAGAAGGAACCCGCAUGAGAUCUCCAGAGUACUCUACUCCAGAAGUCUACCAGACAAUGCUGGAUUGCUGGCACGGAGUCCCCACAGAGAGGCCUACUUUCACUGAGCUUGUGGAGCGCUUAGGAGAUCUUCUUCAAGCCAAUGUACAGCAGGAUGGUAAAGACUAUAUUCCACUGAACAUCACCUUGUGUCCUGAUGGAGAAUCUAACACCAAAACUUGCCCUGUGGAAGAAAACUUGAACAACUGUGUUAAUCGCUGGAGUGCGGUAGAAACUGGUAACAACAGCAAGAAGCGACCACUGAGUGUGAAGACAUUUGAUGAGGUGCCAGUAGAAAAGGAGAAAGUGAUGCAUGAGGAGUCGGACAGUGGGAUGGUGUUGACGUCAGAUGAGAUAAAAAGCCCGAAGAGGCUGGAAAUCCGUUCUUGGCCUUAUGGGAUCAUGGCUCUAGCGCGGAGAGCUGUUAGCAAGAGCAAAGAAUCCAUAUUAUCUGAUCAUGAGCGUGAGUCUGUCAAAUACCAGCCGGCAGUACAGGUAGAAGAAGACACCAUGGACUUCACACUGGAAGACUCUGUUCUCCUUCCUAUGGAUCCAAACCUGGAAUGCCACAGCCCACCUCCGGAUUACAACUCCGUCAUUCACUACUCAGCCCCUCCGGUGUAAUCAGCCCAACCCGACACAGCAUCUCGCACCUCUCAACCAUGCCUGAUCCUUACACACCUCCAUGCCCGGAUAAGGAGGCUGGGUAAAAACAGAAGGGAAAUCUGACAGGACAGUGGUUCAUAUGUUUCUUCUGGCACAUCUCUGAUGUGAACAGAAACAUUUUAAGGGCAUUUUCUUUCUACCUUUAAAGGCCUAUUACAACAUAUGCAGUAAAUUAAAAUUCUGUUUAUCAGAAUCAUAAGUGGGAGCUGUAACCCAGAACUGCUUGCACUUCUUCCUCCCCUAGCUGGGUGUGUUUAUUGACAUUUGCAGAUUUACAAGUUCCUUCAUUCACAUUUUAUUCCAUAAGAGUCAUCAAGAGUCUUGUCAAGCUAGUUGUGAAAACAAGUUUCCUUCUACUGGUCCUGCACACAUCCUGCAGGGAUUGUUUAGUACGAUGCUGUAAGGGAUCAGUUGAAAACAACAGCCAUACACACUAACGCUUUGGUUUUAGAGAAAAUCCAAAAUUGAAACAUCAUUCUUAACUUGGGACCUCAUCUUCCAUAAAUAUUUCUGAAAUAUUUUUAAAUCCAAAAUAUUUUUGUUAAAAUUGGUGAUUUAAUAAUUUCUACUGCCUAUAGAAUACACUCCUAAAAAUGAUAUGGCCCAGGGAAAGCAGAUGGUAUUCAUGUAUCAAGAGGCAGACUAGCCUUUUGGGCCAUCAGGGCAUACGACGUGGUUAAAUCUGUUUCCUUGUGUUUUCUCCUUGUUCAAACAGCAAUUUAUUUAGCAUAGGUGCAAUAGGAAACCUUGAUGGAGAUGCAUCUGUAACGAGCGCAAGGCAAAAGCACUGCCUUAAAUAAGAACCUUCUUAAGCUUAAACAAACAGAAUUUCCCAGCACACAUGCACAUAUUUGUGUGAAUCUGCAUAAAAUACUCAUUAACAACAUGAGAGUUACACAUAAAUGCACAUACACCCUUGAGGCACCAGCAGGGUAGCAGCAUUUUUAUGUUUCCUUUCUGCACACAGGCUAUUUACUAAAAAGCAGAAAAAAAAAAAAAAGAAAAAGGAAAAAAAAAAUUUCCUUUGGAUUCUGUGGCAAAUGCCCAACAGAUUGAUCCUGGGAAUUCUAGCCCAUGCUAAACUGUAAGCAAAUGUGACACACAUUUGUCUCUGACUGUCUUGCCAAGGUAAAUAUUGGUAGGAUAUGCAAUGACCUCUAGCAGGACUGAAUCGACCAAAUUCUCACAUUUGAGAAAUCUGUAGUGUGUUUUCCCCCCGCUCAAAAGCUGUGCAUGGCAGGGACUUUUGGUCUGCAAGUAUGUAUAGCCAGGUUCCACACAUACCCACAACGAAUUCAGAAAUAAGAAAAUAAUUCUUGUCAUUUAAUGUGCUAUGUAACUAUCAGAGCUGACUUCAGAAAUCUAGGAAGGGAAAAAGUACCUAGGGUUGCAAGCAGAAAAAGCAAGGAUGAGAAAUAUAUUCAUUGACAGUCAAGACUAUAUCGUCCUCAGUUAUAAACCUCGAUCUAUAAAUGACUGUCUGUGCAGGUUCCUCCAAGGUCUGCAUAACCCUUUCCUUUUCUUAGACUUGACACUGAUUUGACUUCUUCAGAGAAAAAUAAUUUUUCUUCAUGAUUACAAACUAAAAGGAAAAAAAAAAAAAAAUCCAGCACUUGCAAAACAAUUAUAUUACCUUGGUGAAGACAGCCUAGACACGCUGGCAGCAGUGAAGAAAACAUUUCUGGUUGGUUACAUUGAAGUAAACACAAACAAGCCUCAGGAAUUAUUAAAGGGAGAAACAAAUCUCCAAACCCCACACCAUGUUUACUGUGAAUGCUAAAGCAUCUGAAGCAUGGGCUCUCGGGAACUGCACUUACUCUCCUUAAGAUUCAAUGUACUAAGGAAAUCACCUGCAGUAACUCACGAGCCCCUUGUUCGUAGUGGACCUGCUAGAUAGCUGUGGUCUGUAGUUGCUCUAUAGUCAUUUUUGCACUUCUUUAUGUUUUAGUACCUAUGUAUUAAGUAGAGCUGGCUAUAUAACAGAAGAAACUACUGGGAAAGAAUUCAUCUGAUGAGCACCAGGAAGCUCACUGGAUCAGUUUGUCAUCAAACACUAAAUUAACUAUCUAUAGCUCUGAUCAAAUAAUCAAUCACUUCUUUUGGAAAUAAUUUAUUCACAUGGCAAAAAGGAAAAAAAAAAAAAAAGAAAGAAAAGGUGCAGAAAGUUUCUUGACUUUACUCUUAAUGGCAUCAGUGUGAGAUGGUUUGUUAUUGCACCUUGUUCUGUAGGCUAAGAAAACAACAAUGUUUAAAAACCUUUGCUUAUAAACUUUAAAAUAAGUACAUAUAGGGAAAAAAACCUGCAAGUAUGCUCUCUAUUUUGAAAAAGAAUAGGAAACACUGCUGGGUGAGCUGUCUGCUUCUAAAAGAGCCGAGAAGAUCAUCUUUCCACUUUAUGAAGGCUGAACAGUAGAGGCUUCUCGGCGACCAGAGGGACAUGGAGCAUGUUUCCCGAGCGGGACCCAAGCGGAUGCUGACGGGGCGCCGGUAGCCAGGCCCCUCGCUGGCUCUCCGCAUCGGUCAGCCUCUCUGCACCGCGCGACGGGAUUCGAAAGCAGAGCACAGGCUCGAGUGCUCGAGAUGCAUUUUAAAACACUGGUGGCAUUGCCAGCCCCCUGAAAAGUGAGGGCUCCUCGGCAGUGGCAAAACCAACAGCCGUCUCCAGCAGUACGGUUGGCCAUUUCUUCAGAGAGCAAAGAUACCCUCCGAACCCGCGGUAGUGGCCUUCGACUGUUCUGGAAAUGGCAAGUGACUGAUGUUUGGGCAGCUGUGUUUCCAAUGUUUAUUUUGAGUGGAAGAUUUUCUUCUCUUUAUAGUAAAUGUAACAAGCAAAAGUAUCACCUGAAAAGUAUUAUUGAACAUGUCUUCUAUUUUAUUUACUAAUAUUUUGUUUGUCAUUUUCUCUCCUCCCUUAAUUUAAUUAUUGUUCUUUUCUUACAACGAUGUAUAUAGUUUACCCAGUAGAAACAAAUAUAGUGAUUCAUUUAUAUGGUAAAAUUUGUAACAUUUUAGUCAAAAGAGAAAGAGAUACCCAGACAUAACAGAGUUAAGUAUUGUUACUAAACAUUUCACUAAUGCUUGCAGGCCAGGCUCCAGUUUACAGUACCCUACUAGUGCCAUUUCAUAACAGUUCUCUUGGCUGUGAGUAUCUCUGGCUCUCAUUUAUUCUCCACAUUAUUUAGUUUCAGUUAGAAAACAGGGAUCUGGAGGAAUCUGGCAGUUUAUCUCAUUCCUGGAAGUGUCACCAUGCAGCUCAUGGUAAAGGCGAGAAAUUUCCACUGUCUCUGUUUUAAUUGAAGGCCGGUGUAUUGGCUAGAGGAUCAGAAGGGGCCAAAUUGAUUAAAUGAUGUGAUGUUUAUUAUUUUUUCAGACUUCUCAGGGAUUCUUACUCGACUCCUGUCAGCCACCUGCUUUAGCUAACCUGACUGAGCUCAGUGGUAUCUGGUAUUAACACGUACCUUAGUUUUCUGUAAUGGUGCUUGCUCCUCCUGGUUUUGUCCUUUUGUAAGCCCAGAGAACUAGGGCAGAGGAACUCAGAGCUCACCACAGAAAUGUGUUGCCUUCUCUCCAACAAUCACCUGCCACAUAGGUGUCCAAGGAUAAGUGCCUUCACCUGCAUGUUAUUGUUCAGGCUGGUGUUUUUAACAGUCUGGUUUCCUAUCUCCUCUUUUCUCUACUUUUCAUCAAUUUCUUGAUAUUUGUUCUUCACAGUCCCUGUGGAUUGCUUUUCUCCGCCUUUCAAAUCAGAUCAGGUAUAGGACUCAUUUCACUCUGCUAUUUCAUGUAUAUUCUGCACUUGCAGAGGCUGAACUAGAUAAUGUAAAGCAAGCUUUUUUCACAUUAAAAAUUUUCCAAUAGAGGCAAGGGAAACUAGUUUAUAUUGGUUUGUCUGGAAGCCUCUCUGUAUCCUUCCCUGAAUGAGAAAAGCUUUUUAAUCUAUUGAUUUUUCAAUAUUGCUAUCUGAAGCAUAGCAAAUACUGGUGACUAUCUAUGUGAAUCUCAUUUUUCUCCUAGUUCUUUCUCAAACAAUGAGGUUUCUCUUAGGUUCUUCCAAGUUAUACUCACAAGAAGGGGGUCCUAACAGGAUGCUGGGCCCACAGCAUCUACUCAGGAUAUCAAGGAAGUUCGGAUAAAAUCCUAAAGCCUGAAUAAUAGUCUCAAACAAAACCACUGAAAUUUGAACCCAUUGAAUUUAGAUCUAUGCAUUUAGGGCUACCUGCAGGCAUAUACUGCUCUGCUUAAGAUAUCCCACUAAUACAAACACUACUCCAGUUAGCCUGCUUGGCAAACGCCGUGGGUAACCUAAAGUGUCCAGGCACUUCUCUCUUUGGUUUUAUGCUCUUGUGUACUGUAGGAUUCUUAGUCGCCAUGUAAGCCUGUAAUUGGCCACUCAACAGUUGAUGACUUAUCUUCUCAAUGAUCCUUCACGUGGAGUGUUGGCACUGCCUCAUCAUAUCUUCUCUUGCUUUACAGAUUUGAUCUGGCCCUAUUCCAGCUGUAAGGCUGUGGUCUUGGCUCAAUGGUCUCUAGAUCCCACCAGUACAAACUGGACAACACCAGGAAAUUUGCAGGGAAAAAUCACUAGCAAAUAGCUACAUAACAAGAUAAAGCAUUGUUGGGUUUUCCUGAACACAGGAGUUACCCAGGAUCAAUACCAUACUCAAAGAUAAGCUUUUUUUUUUUUUUUUUCUUAUCAUAAAGGGAAUGGAAAAUACAAAAGGUAGCAAUAAUUCUUUUGUCCCUCCCUGCAAACAGUAAUGGCCAAACCCUGGGAUCCAUUUUCCUGUUUUUAUACUAAAGUCACAAAUCAACCAGAAAGAAUUUUGCCAAAGUAAUGACACCAGUACCAUUUUAUGCAAGUAAAAUUCAGGGAGGACUUCUGGAUUUGACCUUGUCAAGAGUCAAUCACUGUAUAGGAUGUAGGUGUUGAGCCCAAGCACUGGCUUGUUUGUUUGACACAUGUUGUUUCCAUAUUACAUUAACACAGAAAACUUGUUGGACUGGGUCAUUUGGGACCUCAGGCAAAUAUGAUGCCAUAAGGGCCGUGGUUACAGGAAGACUAUUGUGGUAUGCACCGAGCAGUGUCCCCUUGUCCUGCCUAAGAAGCCCCUUCCACAAGAGCCAGCACAUCCUUAUUACUCAAUUCAUUUUUCCUUAGACCUUGAGUUGUCAAAGCAGCUAAUGAAAACUGGGAAAAACCCAGUAACUUGGGACUUAAAGAAAAUAAACUAAGUGCCAUGUAACACUCAAAACACUAAGGAAUGUUUGUCUGCCAUGUUCCUGUUUGUCUGAAGAAUGUAUGCACUGAAAACAACGCUUUCUUAUGUAGUCACAAAUUGUACUGUAUCUAUUAACCAAAAAAAUAAAAAGAUUCUAUAUUUAUACAGC